AUGAAGAGGUCAAAGGUUAAAGGAGGUGCCAAAGCAGAACUGACAUGUCUAGAGUUCAUCAAUUUCUGGUUGUAUUCCAUCUACGCCCAUGCUGUGGCGCCGUCUUCAGUCAUAAAUAAGAGUACGUCUAAACCCGCCCAGAAAUCUCCACCAAUAUUCAUCGUUGGUACGCAUCGAGAAAGUGUGAAAGGAGAUGCACAAGAGAAAAGGGAAAAGAUUGGCUCUGCCUUUGAGAAGAUCCGUGAAUCUAUCAUGAAGAGGCCAUUUGAACGCCAUGUGGUCCCCAAGUAUUAUGCCAUUGAAAACAGCUUGGAGGACAAAGAUGAAGUGGUACAUCACAAACAAAUCAUCAACUAUCACAAUUUAUAG